CCGCCUAAUCAAACUCUUAAACGACCACGCGUUUGAUUUAUUAACAAAGAAUGACUAUAAAUAUGUAGUUAAAUACAUGACUACUUCAUCAAACACUUUCCUACUCUAUCUACUCUCAUCAAGAUAAACCAAUCCAGCACCAUUUUUAUCCAAACUUUUAUAUAUUGAUUUCUCUCAUAGGCAUCAUGACUAAGCAAAAGAUAGUGAUCAAGGUAUCUAUGAACAAUCAAAAAUUAAGGUCCAAAGCCAUGACAAUCGCAGCUGGAGUCUCAGGAGUAGAAGGUACAGCUAUACAAGGAGAAAACAAGGAUCAAAUAGAGGUAACAGGAGAACAAAUAGAUUCAGUUAGACUCACAUCUCUGCUAAGAAAGAAAUUCUGUCAUGCAGAAUUGGUGAGUGUUGGUCCUGUGGGAAAGACAGAGGAAAAGAAAGUAGAGGCAAUUGUGGCAUGGAAUUAUGGUGCUCCUAAUUACCCUGUCUAUGAGAUAAGGAACUCAUAUCAAUAUGAGGACCCUUCAUGUUCCAUCAUGUGAAAGCCAUCAACAAUAUGUAUACUAAAGAAUGAAAACAGAGGGAUACAUAAGGAAAUAAGCAUAAAGAGUGCAUUAUGUAGUGACAAAAAUAUUGAAAGAUUUUCUCAUUUUCAAUAUAAAAACUACAGAGAAGAUAUAUUCAUAGCAGAUAAGACUAUGUCAUGUGAUGUCGUUAUAAUCUUUUGAAUGUAUUAAAAUUACAAACACAUCUCCUAAUGUGUUUUUUUGUUAA